AAAGUAUUAAGGGGGAAAUUUGGUUUAAAGCGUUUACCACCAGCAGCAAAGCAAGGCUUCACGCAACGACAAUGGCGGGACUGAGUGUGUUGUUGGUAUUAUUAACCAACAAAACCAUAUGAACCAAAAAUAAGAUGAGAAAACUGAACUCUCACAUCUCUCGCAUCACCACCAUCACUCUCAGACCUCACCUCCAAUCUACAAGUAGAACAUUAGCUUCUUCACCAACCCAUCCACAACAAUGUCUUCUUCAACCGCCCGAAUUUGAUCAAACCGUAGCUUCAAUUCGCUCCAUCUCUUCAAACCCCUUCUUCUCUCUUCUGGGUCUCUGCAGAAACCUCUCUUCUCUCAAGAAUAUCCAUGCUUUGCUCCUCGUCCACGGCCUAACCACCGACCUUCUCUUCCAAACCAAAUUGGUUAGCUUGUAUGGUUUCUUCGGGAAGAUUGAAACUGCCCGCUCUGUAUUCGAUAGAAUACCACACCCAGAUGUUUAUUCUUACAAAGUCAUGAUCAGAUGGUAUUUCUUGAAUGAUUUGUACUUGGAGCUUAUUCUGUUUUAUACCCGUUUGAGGAAAUGCCUCACAGAACACGAUAACAUUGUUUUCUCGAUUGUAUUGAAGGCGUGUAGUGAAUUGCGUGCGAUUGAUGAAGGGAGGAAGGUGCACUGUCAGAUUGUUAAGAUGGGGAGUCCAGAUAGUUUUGUUUUGACCGGUCUUGUUGACAUGUAUGCCAAGUGUGGAGAGCUCGAAUGUUCUCGUGACGUGUUUGAUGAAAUUGUUGAUAAAAAUGUAGUUUGUUGGACUUCAAUGAUUGUUGGAUAUGUUCAGAAUGAUUGCGCGGUGGAAGGGCUGGUUUUGUUUAAUCAGAUGAGAGAUGGGUUGGUUGAAGGCAACCAAUAUACUUUUGGGAGUAUAGUCGCAGCGUGUACAAAGGUAGGUGCAUUGCAUCAGGGAAAGUGGAUUCAUGGGUACGUGAUCAGGAAGGGCAUUGAUUUGAAUUCUUUCUUGGUUACCAAUCUUGCAGACAUGUAUAUCAAGUGUGGGAACAUUAGUGAUGCGCGCUCCAUAUUUGAUGAGCUUCAUACAAUUGAUCUUGUCUCAUGGACAGCAAUGAUUGUUGGCUACGCUCAGAGUGGCUAUGCUGAUGAAGCAUUGAGGUUGUUUACAGACAAGAGAUGGGCAAGUAUUUUACCUAAUGCUGUUACUACUGCUAGUGUACUCUCAGCUUGUGCGCAGUCAGUCAAUUUGAAAUUGGGUAGGUCAAUUCAUAGCCUUGGAUUUAAGCUUGGCUUAGAAGACCAUACCAUUACAAAUGCGCUUAUACAUAUGUAUGCAAAGUGCCAUAUGAUUGUCGAUGCUCGUAAUUUAUUUGAGACAGUUUCGGAUAAGAAUUUGAUUGCUUGGAACUCAAUUAUCUCUGGGUAUUCCCAAAAUGGUUCUGCUUAUGAAGCAUUGAAAUUCUUUCAUCAAAUGAGAACGGAAUGUUUGUUGCCAGAUGCAGUCACAAUGUUAGCUGUCCUCUCAGCUUGUUGUUCCCUUGGUUCUCUCGCAAUUGGUUCUUCUCUUCAUGCUUACUCUGUAAAACAAGGACUAUUAUCAUCCAAUGUCUAUGUUGGCACUGCACUUGUAAAUUUGUAUGCAAAAUGUGGUGAUGCAGAAGCUGCUCGUAUAGUUUUUGAUGGGAUGAGAGAGAAGAACAGAAAAACGUGGGCUGCAAUGAUUGGCGGUUAUGGAAUGCAGGGGGAUUGUAGUGGUUCUGUUGCACUUUUUGAUGAAAUGCUCAAGGAAAGUUUGGAGCCCAAUGAUGUAAUAUUCAUGACUAUUAUAUCAGCUUGUAGUCACACAGGGAUGGUUGGAGAAGGAUUGAAGUAUUUCAACUCAAUGUGCGAGCAAUAUAAUUUUGUUCCUUCAAGGAAGCAUUAUGUAUGCAUGGUUGAUUUAUUGGCUCGUGCUGGCAGGCUUGAGGAAGCUUGGAAUUUUAUUGAGAAUAUGGUUGUGAUGGAACCAGAUGUUACUUUAUUCGGAGCUUUCCUCCAUGGAUGCAAUCUCCAUUCAAGGUUUGACCUUGGGGAAGUGGCAGCGAAGAGAAUGCUAGAUUUGCAUCCUGAUGAAGCUUGUUACUAUGUGCUUGUUUCGAACAUGUAUACUUCAGGUGGAAGAUGGGAUCAGGCUAAUAAGGUGCGGGAGUUGAUGAAGAAGAGAGGAUUGAGCAAGUCCCCCGGUUGUAGCCAAGUAGAGAUGGAUACUGGUAAUGAUUUUUCUCCUCUAAGGGUGGCAUCUCUUCAUUAACCAUUACAUGUUUUGUAGAUUCUUUGCUGCCAUCUCAAAUAUUUGAUCUUCCUUGAUACAUCGUUGAAGUUCUCUGCAUCUUCAACCAAUGACCAUGAUUAAAGUGCAGACAUGGCUUAUAAAGCUGGAUUAAAGCUUUUAGUGCCAGUGUCUUCAUUCACACAUGGCUUCUGGACUGAAAACAAUGACCCCCAAGAAGAAAGAGCUUAGUUUAUGUGCGUCUCCAGUGUGAUUUUGUUCUACUAGAGAGCUCUCCUUUUUAUAGUUUUGUAACUGUAAUGGUGGUACUGCAGAUGACUAAAUGUCAGUUGUAGAGUUUGUGACAGAAUUCCAAAAUUCAAUAUAUACAGAUGCUUUCAUAUUAAGAAUUGUUUAA